AAGUUUUUUUUUAAAUGUUUCCCUAUUUUCUAAAUGUAAAAACUUACACAUAAUUUUCUUAAACCCAAAGCUUAAUUUUCUCUAGAUCUGCAAGGCUUUGUUCUUUGUGAGAUAAUAUUUUGUCAAUAUUUGAGAGUGUAAUAUUUCAUGCUCCACGUAUAUUAAAACAUAAAUUGCAUAACAAGCAAGUUGUUUUAUGUAAAUGGCCAGAUGUCUUUCCUGUGCAGAUGUUCUCAACCACAUUUCAGAGAUGCAGGUGGUUUUCAGUUCUGCUUUCGGUGGCUAUUUUAGCUUGACUGUUACUUAACGUUUCCAUCUGCUAUUUGCUAUGUUCACUGAAGCAUGAUUCUGAUUUCCUCUUCUGUCCAUCUUUGUUUUCAGUAUCUGCAACAUUUAAAAACUCCCAUGAUAUAAAUAAUCACCACACUGAAACACCAACAGCAUUAAUUUGCAUAAUUUGCAUAUGAAUUAAUCGAAUAAACAUUUUCAUAAACUUUGUUGCCUUUGUUUAUACCACACUGCCUAAGUUAAUUGAUUUUUGUCUCCAUUUUAAUAGCAAUACGUGUCAAUAAGCCUACUAUUGCUCUGAUGAGUAGAAAGGAGGGUGACAGGAUUGUGUUGGAGUGCCAGCUGCGUGAUUAUUUCCCAGAGAAAAUUACGGUAAAUUGGUUUGAGGGUGAUAAUCAUGUCAAAGGUCAAAUUGAUAAGAAGUUUCAGAACACUGAUAAAGGCGAGAAAAAGUACACUUUCAUAAGUCAGUUAUCCAUCAGUGCCCAAUAUGAAGGCAAAAACUAUUCUUGUAAAGCCACCCACAACUCUGAAGAAUUCAAGAAAGAAUAUAACAUGUGCAUGGCCAACCCUUUGUGCAAACCUUCAAUCCAAAUGAAGAAAUCUCAUCUCAGAGACAUUAUACAGGAGAAUAAGGUCACAGUUACCUGUGUUGUUGAAGCACCAGACAACACUAAAGUGUCAUGGUUGACAGAUAGUGCAAGGAAAACAGCCACCACAGAAUACAGAGACCAGUUCAAUAAUACUGUGAGCAACUUGACUUUGUUCAGAAAUGAUUGGUUGACCCUUAAGACCGUUGUUUGUACAGCUAAACAUCCAUGUUUCCCAGAAGUGAAGGUUGAAAUUCAAACUGCUAAUAUAAAGACAGAUCCUGUAGUGGUGAUCAGGAGGCGUUUCGUGAAAUCAACGCAGACAGACAGUCCUGUGCUGGAGUGUGUUGUAAAUGGUCUCCCGUCUGGUGAGGUCUGCAUCAACUUCCAGGCAAAUCAAAUAGAUAUCUCAGUAUUAAGUUGUGUGGAUUGGGCCCCGUCCGAAAACAUUUGGUCCUUGACCAAACAGUUCCCAAUACCUAAAGAGCACCAGAGGAAUGGAAAAACCUUUACCUGUAAAGUUCAAAGGCCCUUCAAAUCCUGGACAUCCAAACCUACUGGAAACAUUUUUGGCGAUCCUACCAUACAGCUUGCUGUUGUUCCCAGUGUUGGUCAGUCUAGUUCAGACCAACAGAAGCUGCUGUGUUCUGUGACAGGAUUCAACCCAAAUAUCAAGUGGCUAUCAGAUUCAGUGGUUAAACCUGGCCGAGAUUUAGACCUCACAAUGAUGGAAGAUGGACGUGUGAAAGUAUACAGUGAGAUAUCGGUGCCACAGCAAGAGUGGAAUCAAGGGAUCACUUACACCUGUGAGAUUAAUAACGGACUCGGUGAAAGAAGUGCUGAGAAAAGCACCAGUAUUUGUGCAGCACAAUCUUUGUGCAAACCUUCAAUCCAAAUGAAGAAAUCUCAUCUCAGAGACAUUAUACAGGAGAAUAAGGUCACAGUUUCCUGUGUUGUUGAAGCACCAGACAACACUAAAGUGUCAUUGUUGACAGAUAGUGUAAGACAAACAGCCACCACAGAAUACAGAGACCAGUUCAAUAAUACUGUGAGCAACUUGACUUUGUUCAGAAAUGAUUGGUUGACCCUUAAGACCGUUGUUUGUACAGCUAAACAUCCAUGUUUCCCAGAAGUGAAGGUUGAAAUUCAAACUGCUGAUAUAAAGACAGAUCCUGUAGUGGUGAUCAGGAGGCGUUUCGUGAAAUCAACGCAGACAGACAGUCCUGUGCUGGAGUGUGUUGUAAAUGGUCUCCCGUCUGGUGAGGUCUGCAUCAACUUCCAGGCAAAUCAAAUAGAUAUCUCAGUAUUAAGUUGUGUGGAUUGGGCCCCGUCCGAAAACAUUUGGUCCUUGACCAAACAGUUCCCAAUACCUAAAGAGCACCAGAGGAAUGGAAAAACCUUUACCUGUAAAGUUCAAAGGCCCUUCAAAUCCUGGACAUCCAAACCUACUGGAAACAUUUUUGGCAAUGCUACCAUACAGCUUGCUGUUGUUCCCAGUGUUGGUCAGUCUAGUUCAGACCAACAGAAGCUGCUGUGUUCUGUGACAGGAUUCAACCCAAAUAUCAAGUGGCUAUCAGAUUCAGUGGUUAAACCUGGCCGAGAUUUAGACCUCACAAUGAUGGAAGAUGGACGUGUAAAAGUAUACAGUGAGAUAUCAGUGCCACAGCAAGAGUGGAAUCAAGGGAUCACUUACACCUGUGAGAUUAAUAACGGACUUGGUGCAAGAAUUGCUGAGAAAAGCACCAGUAUUUGUGCAGCACAAUCUUUGUCCAAACCUUCAAUACAAAUGAAGAAAUCUCAUCUCAGAGACAUUAUACAGGAGAAUAAGGUCACAGUUACCUGUUUUGUUGAAGCACCAGACAACACUAAAGUGUCAUGGUUGACAGAUAGUGCAAGGAAAACAGCCACCACAGAAUACAGAGACCAGUUCAAUAAUACUGUGAGCAACUUGACUUUGUCCAGAAAUGAUUGGUUGACCCUUAAGACCGUUGUUUGUACAGCUAAACAUCCAUGUUUCCCAGAAGUGAAGGUUGAAAUUCAAACUGCUAAUAUAAAGACAGAUCCUGUAGUGGUGAUCAGGAGGCGUUUCGUGAAAUCAACGCAGACAGACAGUCCUGUGCUGGAGUGUGUUGUAAAUGGUCUCCCGUCUGGUGAGGUCUGCAUCAACUUCCAGGCAAAUCAAAUAGAUAUCUCAGUAUUAAGUUGUGUGGAUUGGGCCCCGUCCGAAAACAUUUGGUCCUUGACCAAACAGUUCCCAAUACCUAGAGAGCACCAGAGGAAUGGAAAAACCUUUACCUGUAAAGUUCAAAGGCCCUUCAAAUCCUGGACAUCCAAACCUACUGGAAACAUUUUUGGCGAUCCUACCAUACAGCUUGCUGUUGUUCCCAGUGUUGGUCAGUCUAGUUCAGACCAACAGAAGCUGCUGUGUUCUGUGACAGGAUUCAACCCAAAUAUCAAGUGGCUAUCAGAUUCAGUGGUUAAACCUGGCCGAGAUUUAGACCUCACAAUGAUGGAAGAUGGACGUGUGAAAGUAUACAGUGAGAUAUCGGUGCCACAGCAAGAGUGGAAUCAAGGGAUCACUUACACCUGUGAGAUUAAUAACGGACUCGGUGAAAGAAGUGCUGAGAAAAGCACCAGUAUUUGUGCAGCACAAUCUUUGUGCAAACCUUCAAUCCAAAUGAAGAAAUCUCAUCUCAGAGACAUUAUACUUGAGAAUAAGGUCACAGUUUCCUGUGUUGUUGAAGCACCAGACAACACUAAAGUGUCAUUGUUGACAGAUAGUGUAAGACAAACAGCCACCACAGAAUACAGAGACCAGUUCAAUAAUACUGUGAGCAACUUGACUUUGUCCAGAAAUGAUUGGUUGACCCUUAAGACCGUUGUUUGUACAGCUAAACAUCCAUGUUUCCCAGAAGUGAAGGUUGAAAUUCAAACUGCUGAUAUAAAGACAGAUCCUGUAGUGGUGAUCAGGAGGCGUUUCGUGAAAUCAACGCAGACAGACAGUCCUGUGCUGGAGUGUGUUGUAAAUGGUCUCCCGUCUGGUGAGGUCUGCAUCAACUUCCAGGCAAAUCAAAUAGAUAUCUCAGUAUUAAGUUGUGUGGAUUGGGCCCCGUCUGAAAACAUUUGGUCCUUGACCAAACAGUUCCCAAUACCUAAAGAGCACCAGAGGAAUGGAAAAACCUUUACCUGUAAAGUUCAAAGGCCCUUCAAAUCCUGGACAUCCAAACCUACUGGAAACAUUUUUGGCAAUGCUACCAUACAGCUUGCUGUUGUUCCCAGUGUUGGUCAGUCUAGUUCAGACCAACAGAAGCUGCUGUGUUCUGUGACAGGAUUCAACCCAAAUAUCAAGUGGCUAUCAGAUUCAGUGGUUAAACCUGGCCGAGAUUUAGACCUCACAAUGAUGGAAGAUGGACGUGUAAAAGUAUACAGUGAGAUAUCGGUGCCACAGCAAGAGUGGAAUCAAGGGAUCACUUACACCUGUGAGAUUAAUAACGGACUUGGUGCAAGAAUUGCUGAGAAAAGCACCAGUAUUUGUGCAGCACAAUCUUUGUCCAAACCUUCAAUACAAAUGAAGAAAUCUCAUCUCAGAGACAUUAUACAGGAGAAUAAGGUCACAGUUACCUGUGUUGUUGAAGCACCAGACAACACUAAAGUGUCAUGGUUGACAGAUAGUGCAAGGAAAACAGCCACCACAGAAUACAGAGACCAGUUCAAUAAUACUGUGAGCAACUUGACUUUGUUCAGAAAUGAUUGGUUGACCCUUAAGACCGUUGUUUGUACAGCUAAACAUCCAUGUUUCCCAGAAGUGAAGGUUGAAAUUCAAACUGCUGAUAUAAAGACAGAUCCUGUAGUGGUGAUCAGGAGGCGUUUCGUGAAAUCAACGCAGACAGACAGUCCUGUGCUGGAGUGUGUUGUAAAUGGUCUCCCGUCUGGUGAGGUCUGCAUCAACUUCCAGGCAAAUCAAAUAGAUAUCUCAGUAUUAAGUUGUGUGGAUUGGGCCCCGUCCGAAAACAUUUGGUCCUUGACCAAACAGUUCCCAAUACCUAGAGAGCACCAGAGGAAUGGAAAAACCUUUACCUGUAAAGUUCAAAGGCCCUUCAAAUCCUGGACAUCCAAACCUACUGGAAACAUUUUUGGCAAUGCUACCAUACAGCUUGCUGUUGUUCCCAGUGUUGGUCAGUCUAGUUCAGACCAACAGAAGCUGCUGUGUUCUGUGACAGGAUUCAACCCAAAUAUCAAGUGGCUAUCAGAUUCAGUGGUUAAACCUGGCCGAGAUUUAGACCUCACAAUGAUGGAAGAUGGACGUGUAAAAGUAUACAGUGAGAUAUCGGUGCCACAGCAAGAGUGGAAUCAAGGGAUCACUUACACCUGUGAGAUUAAUAACGGACUUGGUGCAAGAAUUGCUGAGAAAAGCACCAGUAUUUGUGCAGCACAAUCUUUGUCCAAACCUUCAAUACAAAUGAAGAAAUCUCAUCUCAGAGACAUUAUACAGGAGAAUAAGGUCACAGUUACCUGUGUUGUUGAAGCACCAGACAACACUAAAGUGUCAUGGUUGACAGAUAGUGCAAGGAAAACAGCCACCACAGAAUACAGAGACCAGUUCAAUAAUACUGUGAGCAACUUGACUUUGUUCAGAGAUGAUUGGUUGACCCUUAAGACCGUUGUUUGUACAGCUAAACAUCCAUGUUUCCCAGAAGUGAAGGAUGAAAUUCAAACUGCUGAUAUAAAGACAGAUCCUGUAGUGGUGAUCAGGAGGCGUUUCGUGAAAUCAACGCAGACAGACAGUCCUGUGCUGGAGUGUGUUGUAAAUGGUCUCCCGUCUGGUGAGGUCUGCAUCAACUUCCAGGCAAAUCAAAUAGAUAUCUCAGUAUUAAGUUGUGUGGAUUGGGCCCCGUCCGAAAACAUUUGGUCCUUGACCAAACAGUUCCCAAUACCUAAAGAGCACCAGAGGAAUGGAAAAACCUUUACCUGUAAAGUUCAAAGGCCCUUCAAAUCCUGGACAUCCAAACCUACUGGAAACAUUUUUGGCGAUCCUACCAUACAGCUUGCUGUUGUUCCCAGUGUUGGUCAGUCUAGUUCAGACCAACAGAAGCUGCUGUGUUCUGUGACAGGAUUCAACCCAAAUAUCAAGUGGCUAUCAGAUUCAGUGGUUAAACCUGGCCGAGAUUUAGACCUCACAAUGAUGGAAGAUGGACGUGUGAAAGUAUACAGUGAGAUAUCGGUGCCACAGCAAGAGUGGAAUCAAGGGAUCACUUGUCAAACUAAAAAUAAUACUACAACUGCUGAGAAACGCGCCAGUAUUUGCACAGUGAUUGCACCAUCCAGUCAGCGGGCAGAGGUCUACCUGGUGGGUCCAUCCCUCAGUAGUGUGAGAUCUGACACCUCUGUGACUUUGACAUGUUUGGUGGUUGGUCAGAGUGUCAAGUUGUUCUCCAUUCAAUGGAAAGUCAAUGGUAAGGUUCCCAAUCCAAAAGGCCAUGAACAAGAGCCUAGAGAUCAUAACAAUGGGACUCAAAGCAAAGAAAGUAUUUUGAAGUGUUCAGUUAGAGACUGGAAUGCAUAUGCUCUCUUCACCUGUGAGGUUAAGCAUCUGUGCUCAACAUAUACACAUCAGAAGAACAUCUCAAAAACUCGAGACCCCAAACAACCCACUGUCAGAAUCCUCAGACCCUCAGAUAGUGAUCUCUCUGGACUCCAAAAUCCCAGCCUUCUUUGUUUAAUCACUGGUUUCUUCCCGUCUGAUAUCUCUGUGCAGUGGAAACUAAAUGGGACGCAACUAGAUGCGUCUCAGUUCACUAACAGUCCUGUGGCUGCUCACACUUCAGGAGGUUUUACAAUGCAUAGUGCCCUGAUGCUGCCUGCAUCAGAGAGGAAGGAUGGCACGUUCUCGUGUGUUGUUUCUCAUGAGUCAUCCCAAAAUCCAAUCAGCGCCACUGUAGAGAACUUGUAUGCCUCGUUGAUUCGCUCUCCUCCAUCUGUAGAGCUGCUGCAGGGUACUAGUGUGCCUGAGCUAGUGUGCCUGGUAUUUGGUUUCAGCCCACCUGACAUCAACAUCACCUGGUGGCUAGGUAAGACUGAGAUGCCUGCCCGCAGCAUCUCUCACCCUGCAAAAGGCCCUGAUGGAAAAUUUAGCAUCCAAAGUCACCUGGAACUCCAAUCUUCAGACUGGGUACCUGGUGAGGUGUACACAUGUGAGGUCACUCAUGUUACUGGUAUCCUGUCUCCUAACAUCUCAACGAAAACAGAAUUAUUUGAAGAGGCUAUAUUUUUGAAUGAGAACAAACCUGAAGCUAUUACACAGGAUACAGUUGAAGAGGCCUGGAACAUGGCCUGUGCCUUCCUCGUCCUCUUCCUCCUUUCUCUUCUCUAUGGGUGCACAGUGACUUUGGUCAAAGUCAGGCUUACAUGAGCAAUAUUUUGUGUUUAUGUUUUCUAGAUUAAUUUGCUUCUUGGUUGUUGUUGUUUUGUUUAUGUCUUUCAGUUGACAUAACUUUGCAAAAUUAUAUGGUAAAUGUCAGCUUUUCGCCUUGUGACCAUUUAAAUAUGAAUGAAAAAAAUAUAUAAACAUUUUUUUUUUUUGUUGUUGUUAUUAUUAGCAGUGCAUGUAAACAUCUAAGAUUUGAUAUUUUGCCUUUUUUUCAGUUAUCAAAUGAUGUGUUGUUUGUGUUUUUGAAUAAAAUAAUCAACUCCUCUG